AUGCUUUUUAUUCUCAUCUCUCCCUCUUUACAAAAUUCCUUCUCACCUCACAAGCAAAGCACCUCUCUUUCUCUCUCUACCAUUUUCAUUUUCUUGGUUUCUGUGCAUUUUCUUGUGAUUUCUCCCAAGAAACCUGCACUGCUUCAACUAACAUUUCCAACACACAUUAAUCUUCUGUCACUACAACAAAACCUUCAAGUUUGUAACUUUUCGAAAACAAUGAUCUGGGAGUUCGGUUUUUCAUGUCUUGGUGGUAGUCCUAGUAACCCUUCAACUUCAAGGAGGAGCUUGAGUCAUGAACAAAACGACGAAAAUGAUCACAAAACGACAACUUUGGAGCACAACAAGGCUUGGUUGUUAGCUGAGUCUGGUGGGUGUGGACCAGAGUUGAACAAUGCUGAUCCUCAAUCUGUUCACUCUUCUUUUAGGUUCAGUUUUUAUUCUCAGGUGGAGUUGGAGUCUUUGAAUUUGAGUUCUUCUACUGCUGCUACUGUUUUAAUGGUGAAUUUGGAUAAUGGGGUUACUGAAUCUCGGGCUAAGGAGAUGAAGUUGAGGAGAGUUGAGUCUUUGGAGAAGACUAUUUCUCCUGUUGCUCACUCUUUGAUUAGGUUUACCUAUGCUGAAAUUGUUUCUGCUACUAGGAAUUUCUCCAAAGGUAGGGUGUUGGGGAGAGGGGCAUUGAGCUGUGUUUUUAGGGGAAGAGUUGGUCUUUUGAGAACGGCUGUAGCGAUUAAGCAGUUGGACAAGGAAGAUAAGGAAUCUUCAAAGGCAUUUUGUAGAGAAUUGAUGAUUGCUAGUUCUCUUCAUAGUCCAAAUGUUGUUCCUCUUGUUGGUUUUUGUAUUGACUCUGAGGAGGGUUUGUUUUUGGUUUACAAGUAUGUCUCUGGCGGAAGCUUGGAGCGACACUUGCAUGGGAGGAAGAAAGGUGGGAAGGGUAGUUCAACACUUCCGUGGUCGGUGAGGUACAAGGUUGCAAUUGGGAUUGCAGAAGCUAUAGCUUAUCUGCAUAAUGGAACUGAAAGAUGUGUUGUUCAUCGAGACAUUAAGCCCUCUAACAUUCUGCUUUCAUCUAAGAAGACUCCCAAGUUAUGUGAUUUCGGAUUAGCUACUUGGACUUCUGCGCCUUCAGUUCCUUUCCUUUGCAAAACCGUCAAAGGAACAUUUGGAUAUUUGGCUCCUGAGUAUUUCCAACACGGGAAAGUAUCAGAUAAGACCGAUGUUUAUGCUUUUGGAGUGGUUUUAUUGGAACUCAUUACUGGACGGAAACCAAUUGAAACGAAAAGAUCUCCAGGAGAAGAGAAUUUAGUCUUAUGGGCUAAACCUUAUCUACAAAAGGGGAAAGGAGCAAUCGAAGAGUUGCUUGAUCCUCAACUCAAGUGCAAUUUGAGAUACUCAAAUCAAAUCGGAAGAAUGAUUGAAGCAGCAGCUGUUUGUGUCACAACUGAAGAAUCUAGGAGACCUGGCAUUCGUGAGGUUAUCGCAAUACUGAAAGGUGAAGAAGAACCUGUUUUCUCUAAAAGAAGAAAGUCAAGUUUUCUUGGAAACGGAUGCGUGAUUGAUUGUUAUUCUCAGUUAGAACAAUCGAACAGCGAGAUGAAAAGCCACUUGGCUUUGGCAAUGCUAGGAGUUUCGGAGUUUGAGGAUGAUGAUUAUCUCUAUGUAUGUUAA